AUGCCUCCUACGACGGAGAUCACGUAUACCGAUGUUGUUGGGUCGGUAAUUCAUGAGAUCCUUCCAGCAUCAGAGGAUGAGGAGGGGAUACCGUUUGUUCCUAAGACGGUUGAUUCGGUUGCGCGAGAGACCGUGAACGGCAUGGUGAGGACUUUGCGCACUUUCCGAGCUGCGUAUCGGAGAGCCCUCAUCACUUUGUCAUGUUGUGAUCAUCGGAUGGUCGCGGAAAGGUUUAAAGAUUUGCAACACCAAUGUCCUCACCACGGUAUCCCUGAUUGGUUACUUGUGAAAACUUUUUAUAAUUGCUUAAAUCACUCUAUUAGAAGUACUAUAGAUGCUACAGCAGGUGGUGCUUUAAUGAGUAAGACUACUGAAGAAGCGAAUAGUUUAUUAGAAGAACUUGCUUUUAAUAAUUAUGGUUGUUCUAGUGAAAGAGCAGUCUCUAAAAAGAGUACAGGGAUGUAUGAUAUGGAUGGUAUUAACAUGUUAAAUGCUAAGGUUGAUAAUUUGACUAAAAUUUUCAGUAAAAUGAGUAAUGUUAGUCUUAUUUCUAGUUCUGAUUUGUCUUGUGAUAAUUGUGGGGGUGCACAUGCUAGUAAUGAUUGUCCUAAUUUUGAACAAGAUCAAUUUGUUUCUAAUUAUAAUCGAUCACAAAAUGACCCCUACUCUAAUACUUAUAAUCCUGGUUGGAAGAACCAUCCUAACUUUUCAUGGAGAGACCAAGGAGACCAAGCUAAUAAUCAUAUUAGACCACAAAACCCACCUGGUUUCCCACAAAGACAACAACAAUCACAACAAGAGAGAUCUUCAUGGGAAUUGGCUAUUGAAAAACUUGAUAAUGCUACUUCCGAGAGAUUAAUAAAAUUGGAAAAUAAGGUUGAUCAAUUAGCUAAUUCAACUAAAAAUAUGGAAGUUAAAAUUGGACAAAUAGCUAAUGCUAUUAUAUCUAGAAACCAAGGAAUUCUUCCUAGUCAAACUGAGGUUAACCCUAAAGAGCAAUGCAAAGCUGUAACCUUAAGAUCGAAUAAGCUCGUAAGUGAAAAUGCCAAGAAUGAAAUUGAAAAGCAACUUGAAGAUAAUAAUGAUGAUUAUUAUAAACCUGUUCCUAUUAAGCCAUAUGUACCUCCAAUUCCCUUUCCUCAAAGACUUAUACAGAACAAAGUGGAUAAUCAAUUCGAAAAGUUUCUUAGAAUGUUUAAACAAUUAAAAGUUAAUGUUCCUUUUUUUGAUGCUUUGAUGCAAAUGCCCUCUUAUGCUAAGUUUCUUAAAGAAAUUAUGUCUAAAAAGAGAAAAUUGGAGGAUUAUGAGACUAUUGCCUUAAGUGAAGAAUGUAGUGUUGUAAUUCAACAAAAGCUUCCCCCUAAAUUGAAAGACCCUGGCAGCUUUUCUAUUCCUUGCAAAAUUAGUGAGAUUAAUUUUUCCAGAGCUUUAUGUGACUUAGGUGCAAGUGUCUCACUCAUGCCAUUGUCUAUUUACUAG